AUGUCCAUGCAAACUGCCUACCUGCGGUACAGAUACGCAGUGCUUGACUUCGCCACCGUUGGUCCAGUCAAGUUCGGCCUUAUCGAUGUGAGAGAUUUCACCGAUGUAAACAAGUGCUGCGAGGUCCAUCAGCGAGCCGAUCAAGUGACUUCAGCUCUACGAGCAGUGAAGGAGGAGAGGGAAGCUGAAUUUCCCGAGACUACUGUACAAUGGCACAUCGGCUAUCAAGAGCACCUGCAUGGCUUUCCACACAAGCGGGGGGCAACACAACGGAAGUAUCUGGACGGCUUGAAACUGCAUGGUAUCGUUCAGCACGAUCUGCAUAGGGUCUUCAACCAACCAGGAGUUGAGCCCCCACGAGUGAAGAUAUUCCCUGUCGCUAGCAGAGUCGCAAGGCGAUUUAUGGGAGUUGACAAUGUGGGUCAGCCGUCGAGACUAGAACUGCACAAACUGGCUCUUGAGGAGAUUCCGGAUUUCCCAUCACUGUAUCACCAAAAUGGUCAGCUGAAUGAAUGCGUGUACUACAUGUCCGAUGCAUGGGCAGUAGCAGCUUAUACCAAACAGCUCGUCGAGGCGGCUCGUUUCCAAGCGGACACUACAGCGUUUGACCGGAUGAAGGCUAGUGUGAUGAAGAGUAACAAGCAUAUUAAGGAGCUCAUUGAGGCGAGAGAUGCAGCUAAGACGAGGAGAAUAGCCCGAGACUUGGACGAUGUUGGUGUUAUUAACAGCAGAGUCGAGAAGCUGGCCACCGACAUGUGGAUGAAAUCAAAACGGAAGGCGGAGCGAGCGGCGGAGAGGUCGGAGGGACUCAUACCAGUGAUCAACAGACUCCAGGAUCUGCUCUCGACAGUGGGGCUCCAUGUGACCUUGGAUUUGCCACAGUUGGCUGUUGUCGGCUGCCAAAGUGUCGGAAAGACCAGUGUGUUGGAAGCUCUGGUCGGUCGGGACUUCCUUCCACGGGGGACGGGUAUAGUCACUCGCAGACCGCUGAUUCUACAGCUUCGCAAUACGACUAAUGAUCAAGUCGUUGUGGGGGAAUUUACUCAUCGACCUGAUAAAAAAUUCUCCGACUUCGCCGAGAUUCGCCAGGAAAUAGAAGAUGAAACUGAUCGAGUCUGUGGUGCUUCCAAGGGGGUCAGUCCGGAACCAAUAUGUCUGAAGAUUUUCUCGCCCUACGUCAUUGAUCUGACUUUGAUCGAUCUGCCUGGUAUUACGAAGGUGCCUGUGGGAGACCAACCACUUGAUGUCGAGGCCAGGAUCAAGGACAUGGUCCUGUCGUACAUUUCAAAGCCAAACUGUAUCGUGCUUGCUGUGACCGCGGCCAACACUGAUUUGGCCAACAGUGAUUCUCUGCAACUCGCGCGGCAGGUGGACCCUUCUGGUGAUCGGACGAUGGGAGUCAUCACUAAGAUGGACUGUAUGGAUGAGGGGACAGAUGCUCUUGACAUGAUCAACGGCAAGGUGUAUCCGCUACGACAGGGAUAUGUAGGGGUGGUAUGUCGAUCACAAAAGGAUAUACAGAACGGUGUCACCAUUCGAGACAGUAUCAAAAACGAAGAGGCAUUCUUCAAGAAGCACGAGGCUUAUAGGCAUAUAUCAGCCCACUGCGGUACGGCGUAUAUGGCCCGUCAGCUGCAUCGUAUUCUUAUGACCCACAUACGAGAGGCUCUUCCUGGGCUGAGGGACCGGGUGAAUACUAUGCUGCAUGAAUACGAGCAGGAAAUGGCUGCCUACGGCACCGACCUCUGUGGUGGUAUGUUGGCCGAUCACAGUCAAGCUGGCAAUAUACUCCUGCAGCUUUUCACGAAGUUUUCUCGGUGUUUUGCGGAUUGCAUUGAAGGCCGCAAUAAUUCCAGUCCUCACGACUCAGUAGAUGGCGAGGCUCCUCUGCCUGCUAUCGUGGGCGGAGCGAGGAUUCAUUAUAUUUUUUUCGAUGUGUUCGGGGCUGCAGUGAAUCAGUUCGAUCCGUUUGACGGGCUCACUGACCAUGACAUUCGAACCAGCAUACGGAACGCCAAUGGUCCGAAGAGCCCACUGUUCGUACCAGAAGCAGCUUUUGAAACCCUUGUGAAGGGCCAGAUAAAUAAGCUCCUCUCCCCUUCUCUGCAGUGUGCUGAUCUCGUCCAUGCUGAGCUCACCAAGUGUCUCACAUUCACCAUAAGGUCCAUGCCGGAGUUCCGCCGAUUUGACAAGUUGCGAGCGCGAGUGUACGAUGUAGUUCGCUCGGUCCUGGCUUCCUGCCUGGCGCCGACUAAAGAGAUGAUACGCAAUCUCAUACGGAUCGAGACUGGUUAUAUCAACACCAACCAUCCGGACUUCAUCGGAGGCUCGAGGGCUAUCAGUGCCUGUAAGCUGCUGCAGUAUAGGCGGUGGCCGUUCCUCAUUGGGCCCUUAGCCGUUUCUAAGUUCCUCAAAUAUUUUAUGAUUUCUUGCGAUAUCUGUGAGAACGAUGACCUCGUUGUUUCUGCCUANNNNCACAGGGAACUAGAACGGGGGACAGGUUUAGAACGGGAUAAUAGCAUCACUUCGCUAACUGGGGGGAUCCCCACGGGCAUUCGCCUUGCUGCACCGCCUGCUGUGGUGUCCGUGCACUCGAGCCAACUCAGCGAGAAGGAGCGUAUAGAGACGGACAUAAUCAAGAGCUUGAUCGCAUCAUACCUCAACAUCGUCAAAAGGUCCAUCUGUGACCUCGUCCCAAAAGCUGUCAUGUGUUUCAUGGUCAACACUUUUGGAGCAGAUAUGGUGCUGCAUCGAGAGCUGGUCACGCAACUGUAUAAGGAGGACCUUUUCGGCGAAUUGCUCAACGAGUCUCCGGAGAUUUCCCAAGGCCGAGCUCAUUGUGCUGAGGCUAUUAGGAUUCUGCGGCAAGCGGCUGAUGUUAUCAACCAAAUAACUAACUUCAACAUGAGCAGCCCUUCUGGGGCCGCUGCCAAUUCUCCUCGAGAUCGUACUGGCGAUCCUUGCUGA